CUCCUUUGAAUAAAUAGCUGAAUCAUAGUGAGUGGGCUCGCAGUCCAAGACAAUACACUUGCAGACAAUUUGUGGUCAAAACACAUCUCAUUCACAUCUUUAUCGUCAGAUUACAAGAACUCAUUGAUUGACUGCAAUGCCGGUCGAGAACUUAGAAGAGGAGAGUUUGGCGAAGAACCCGAACCUCGAGUUAUCGCAAUGGAAGUUCAUGUUAACCACAGAACAGUUCAAAGACAAUAUCGCCAUCAGAGACAACCUGUUGGCCGCCAUCCACGAGAAAGAUAUGGCGCCCUUCUAUCAGGAGGUGUGUCAGGACCUGAAUUGGCCGCUGAAUAGCGAUCUCUUGAAUCAAAUGAAAGCGAAGAACGAGAAGAGACUGAAAGAGUUGGACGAAGCCAUCGAUGACGCGGAGAAGAACGCGGGGGAGAUGGAGGUCCGGGAGGCGAAUCUGGCGAAAGCCGAGUACUACAGCCUUAUCGGCGACAAAGAGGCCGCUCUGACGGCUCUCCGUAAGACAUACGAGAAGACUGUAUCGUUGGGCCACCGCUUGGAUCUGGUGUUUCAUAUGAUCCGAAUCGGACUCUUCUAUUUGGACCACAACCUGAUGGCCCGGAAUAUCGACAAAGCGAAGGCUCUGAUCGAAGAGGGAGGGGAUUGGGAUCGCCGUAAUCGGCUGCGCGUCUAUCAGGGCUUUUAUGCGCUGGCGAUUCGCGACUUCACUCAGGCGUCCAACUUCUUCUUAGACACCAUCUCGACGUUCACGUGCUAUGAGCUCACGGACUACAAGUCGUUCGUCUCGUACACUGUCUUGUGUUCAGUGAUUGCUUUACCGCGCGUUGAGCUCCGGAAGAAAGUGAUCAGAGGCUCGGAGAUACUGGAAGUGCUGCACACGAACACCGAUGUCCACGACUACCUGUUCUCGCUGUACGAGUGCCAGUACGCCAAGUUCUUCCGGAAGCUCUCGUGGGUGGAGAACCACAUGAAAACCGAUCGCCUCUUUGCGCCCCACUAUCGCUAUUAUAUCCGUGAGAUGCGAAUCCUGGCCUACAAUCAGUUGCUCGAGUCGUACCGGAGUCUGGAGUUGAAAUACAUGGCCGACGCGUUUGGGGUCACCGUUCAGUACAUCGAUCAAGAGUUGGCCCGUUUUAUAGCCGCCGGACGUCUUCACUGCAAAAUAGAUAAAGUGAACGGAAUUGUGGAGACCAACCGACCCGACAGUAAGAACUAUCAAUACCAGGCCUGCAUUAAACAGGGGGACAUCCUAUUGAAUCGCAUCCAGAAGCUGAGUCGAGUGAUCAACAUUUGAAACCAUUAUAUUAUUAAUUUACCUUUUCUUUGUGUAUUGAUUGCAUUCAUUUGUGGCUAAAUUUUUAAAAUUAAAUUUAAAGAUAACUUAAUUGCAAUUUAUCUUUUUAUUAUAAUUUGUUAAUUCAAUCAAAAAUACAAUUUUCUGUCAAUA